UAGCGGAUACAUUGAAAGCAGCUCACACUCCGGGCACACACCGGGAAAGAGAAAAUACUUACAUUAAUAUCUGAUGUUCGAUAGACCUACAUAAAGCGCCACAACCGAAAUGUUUGUGCAAUUGUAUAAUACCGAUUGGUUUUCGAUUUGGAACAAGGGCCAUCUUAUUGAACUCCCGUAACCACUGAUCUAGGAUCUGCUCAUCCUCCCCAAUUCUAACCUUAACCAUUGGUGGGAAAAACGCAAAACUGAACUUAGAUCGACGUCUAACGGCAACUUCAUCCUUUAUGGUCUGAACCAACCCUUUUGUUUUUCUCAAGGGGGAAAUCAAGUUGGUGUGUGAGAGCGCUAGCUGGCUGUCAGAAGUGACGGAGUGAGGGAGGGGGGAAUAGGGUGGACAGACACCGCUAGCCAACAGAGGGGGUGGCGUUUGAUUCGGUAAAAACCGAGAUUGAACGAACGGACUGUGGAACCAACGAAGCUGCCCCUUUAAAUCAGGAAUACAGCGCAUUCGGAGGAGGUGAAGGUUUACAGCUGACCAUCUGACCUGAGGUCACAACCACUCCUGUCCAUCUGAGUGACCCAACUCACCUGGUCAGCCCUUCCCCUGCACACACACACACACACCUGCCCUACCUGGUACACCUGUCUACCAACCCAACACACACCUGUCCUGCCUGGUACACCUGUCUACCAACCCAACAGACACCUGUCCCAUCUGGUACACCUGUCUACCAACCCAACACACACCUGUCCCGCCUGGUACACCUGUCUACCAACCCAACACACACCUGUCCCACCUGGUACACCUGUCUACCAACCCAACACACACCUGUCCCACCUGGUACACCUGUCUACCAACCCAACACACACCUGUCCCACCUGGUACACCUGUCUACCAACCCAACACACACCUGUCCCACCUGGUACACCUGUCUACCAACCCAACACACACCUGUCCCACCUGGUACACCUGUCUACCAACCCAACACACACCUGUCUGGCCACUGGAGCAGACUCCAAUCUGCACACCAUCCACUAGUGGGGGUGUGUGUGUAUUGAUGGAUCAGGAUGUCAACCAAUAACAACAUCGCCCAGGCCAGGAAACUGGUGGAACAACUGAGGAUCGAGGCAGGGAUCGAGCGUAUUAAGGUGUCUAAGGCAGCAGCAGACCUGAUGAGUUACUGUGAGCAGCACGCCCAUAACGACCCGCUCCUCGUUGGCGUCCCAACGUCAGAAAACCCUUUCAAAGACAAGAAACCCUGCAUCAUUCUAUAGCUGCACACUCGUCUCUGCCCAUCUCUCUCACACACACACACACACACACACACACACACACACACACACACACACACACACACACACACACACACACACACACACACACACACACACACACACACACACACACACACACACACACACACACACACAGAGAGAAAGGAAAUAGCCACUCUGGAAAAGCGCCCUACUCAAUAGCCACAGCUAGGGGGCGGUGUCUGUGUUCACAGGACACAUUACCACAUUAGUGAUAUUAGCCCUGAGUUGUUUCUCUGUGGUGCUGAGGGUAAGCCUGCACUAACAUGCAGCCCUACCUGAUACUGGUUACUGACUCACCCACAGAGAUAGUGACACUCAAGUGGAGAUGACAGAUUUACUUCAAAAAGGGAUUAGGACAAUUAUCUUAAUAGGAAUCCACUGUCGCCUACAUGAAGUCAUAGGCUGAUGUAUAGCAUGUAUUUUAGUGAAUCAAUGAUUUAUUGAUUCAUUGAUUAAUCAAUAGACUGAUAGCAUGUAUCUGGGUGCUGUGGAAUGAGGGGUGUAAGGUACAUGAGGGUAAGGAGUGAGGUGGGGGGUGUAUGUGUGACCAAUCUGGUGUAAAACCUGGGUCGUCCAUGUGAUGCAAGAUGUGUUAGCCCUGUCAGCUAAAGCCUAGCCAUUAGCCGUGGAAGCUAAUACAAGUCUUCAGGUCUCAGGCAUGGAUACCCAUCACUAAACCACCGUGGCUAUACAUGGUGUGUUUGUUAGCCAUAUAGUGGCUGACUUGCCACUGACUUGCUAAGUAUCACAAUGGGGAUGGCCCCUUCCUGAAACCUUGGGCCAAUGGUAAUGUCAGUGUUUUUGUGAACACUGAGCAGGUUGGUACAUGCUGCAUAUGUACCCACUGGGUUUAAACCCGGAUCAUCUGCAAUGCCACUAGACUGUGUUAGCCCACUGAGCUAAAGCAUAGGCUACAUACUCCCCCACUCUAGCGACGGUUAUCGAUCAACAGUGUUUCUGCUUUGGUUUUGAAUUCUUGGUCAGUGGGUUUUCUAUAGGCCAAAACUCCAGCUGUGUCCACUUGUGGAGUAAGUUGCUCAUAGACACUGAUCUAAGAUCAGUCUUGUGUUUUCCCUCUAAUGGUAAAGGUUAGGAUUUAGGGAGGGUCAUCUGAUGCUAGAUCUGUGUCUAAAAGGCUGCGUUUACACAGGCAGCCUAAUUCAGAUCUUUGUCCACUAAUUGGUCUUUUGACCAAUCAGAUCAGCUCUUUUUCCAAUAAUUGGGCAAAAGACCAGAAUUGUGCUGCCUGUGUAAACGCAGCCUAAUGAAACUUUUAUCGUGAGUACUGCCAAGUACUGAGAGGCUAACUGUGUUCAAGUUUUUAACGCCAGAAGUAUAUAUAUAUAUAUAUAUAUAUAUAUAUAUAUAUAUAUAUGUUUUUUAUUAAUUAUUGUUUCGAUAUUUUGUCCAUUUAUUGCCAUACACUUAGCAGAUACUGUAGGUUUCCAUUCACUCCUUAACUUUACACUUGAGGCAAAAGUUUACCUUAACCACAGAUCUAGGAUCAGAUUAUCCUCCCCAAUCUUAACUUGAACCAUAAGGGGGUGUACAAAUAUCUGAUCCUAUAUCAGUGGUUAGAUACAUCACUAGUUCUGCCAUGAGAGCAAGCAUCACAUCAUGAGCUUUGCUUAUUGGCUCGUCAUGUGUUUUAUUGAGGAACAAGAGCCAAUUACAAAGUGUUGUCCUGUCUCCCAACCUCCACAGACCCAGUUCUCUACUCCCAAACCAAACUUGAUUGUAAAAAAUGUAAAAGACGCUAGAGAAAAUAAAAAUAAAAGUGUAUAAACUUUCUUUAAGUGCAGAAGUGAUACGUUUUGAGAGUAGCUUUUUGGGUUUUGGUUUGAGUUUCUUUCUAAAUAGAAGCAGGUCAGUCGAGUAUUAUUAUCGAACUGUACAGUGUUUGUAAGAUAAAACCUAGGCCAGAAUUCAAUCAAAGUGCAUCAAACUUUUUCCACCAAAAAAAACAAAAUGCGCUUUAAUAGAAUGUCAGCCUGUUGCAGAAUCUUUUCUGUGGACGUUCAAUUUUUGCGUAAAUGUUUCCCUUCUGUCAGAAUUUAGUCUGUUUGUUUCCUCAUUCAGCUUGAGGCAGGUUCACACACACACACACACACACACACACACACACACACACACACACACACACACACACACACACACACACACACACAAUCCCCUAGUGACUAAACGGGGAGCCAACCACAUCUACAAAGCAGUGAAGUGGCCGUACUUGUAGCACUGUGAGAAACAAACCUGAACCAUUAAAACACUGUCUCUCUCUCACACACACAGACACACACACACACAGUUUCCUAAUGUCUUUUACAAUUGAUUAUCUGAGGGACAAUCUUGCUAUUUCUUAAUUCCUUCAUUCCAUGGACAGUUAUUUUUGAUUGAUUGAUUGGUUGAUUGAUGGUUUGCCUUGUUGUGGUGUAUUGUGUUGUAUGCUGGUUAGGACCAGGAGUUUUACCUGGUCAGGUCACAUGGUCAGGAACAACGUUCUAGCCCUAGACUUGAGAAUACUUGAGAGUAUUUGAGUUAACAGUCUUUAAAGAGGACACAAAGCUCUAGAACGGAAGUCUUGUGGUGCUCCCAUUCCCACAUCAUUCACUAUAGCUGAUCUAGGUCAGUUUAAAGUUUUCUCCCCCUAAAGAUUAUGUCAAGAUUUGGGGAAUGGAAUCUGAUCCUAGAUCUUACCCAGAGCAGAAGGCUAGAACUCUAAAACUAAUUUCUGUCCCUAGACACUGACCUCGGGUCAGUUUUACCUGGACUCAUCAUUGUGUUUUUAACUCCUGUGUAUGCAUAUACAGUAUGUAUCUCUGGUAACGCUUUGUUUUACAGUCUCCUUUAACUUGGUAUUUGCUUAGAAAUAACACUGUAAAAACAUCUGUUUUGUUGCAAGCGAGGACUAUUUGGUACCAGGUUGAAAGUCCCCAUUGUUACCACAGUGUGUUCAUUCCAGCUGGGACAGGACUGUAAAGUAAAGCGUUACUGUAUCUUUUUGCCUUGAUUCAUUGUGAAUGAUCAGUUAUUGAUUAUGAAGGAAAUGUAAUAUCUAUUUUUUGUAUCUGGUCGCUCUGAUGUGCCAUAACUCAUGUUUUCUUGCACACUGUUCAUAUUUUACAGUUAAAUACUUUACUGUUAAGACUUAACUGUUCAUAUUUUACAGUUAAAUACUUUACUGUUAAGAGUUUACUGUUCAUAUUUUACAGUUAAAUAUUUUAAUGUUAAGAGUUUACUGUUCAUAUUUUACAGAUAAAUACUUUACUGUUAAGACUUUACUGUUCAUAUUUUACAGUUAAAUACUUUACUGUUAAGACUUUACUGUUCAUAUUUUACAGUUAAAUACUUUACUGUUAAGACUUUACUGUUCAUAUGUUUGUGGAUAUUGCUGUUAAAAAAAGAUGAUAUUGAAAAGUAGACAACAGUAAUAAACAUAUGAUAACGCA